UACUACGUCACAUUAUAUACAAUGAAACAUGGUUGACUGUGGGAACUCGAGAUGCAGCCAAGAAAGACGGGCUUUUAGAAAAGAACUGCUGUCAUGGAGCAAGAAAAUACCAAUAGCUGUCGGGCUGGAAAGAAUUGCAGAGGAAUUUGGAGGGAAGGAAAACAUCACAGAACUGUUGUUGCCAUUUAAUUCUCUGGAGGAUGGAAUAACGAGGGAUUGGAAGCAGGAACAGACAUGUUUUUUUUGUGAAUCUCGGCUGCAGAACUUGUUCGAGGCUGUGUCGCAGUUGAUGAAAGAAGCAAAAGAUGGCAAAAGUUUACAAGACAACCCUAGUUUUAGAUAUCUCCAGGAGUUGCUACCAUACUGCCCCCAGUUUUACACAGACCAUGUUGGUAGGGAGCUGCUGGCAGAACUUAGAUCCACCACCACUCAGUCGCUGGAAAACAUGGAGACGGAGGCUGCUGCAAGUAGAGAUGCACAGGACCCCAUAGAACUCAAGAUCCCACACAUAGUGGCUCAGACGUGCUCAACCCUGCCCAAGAAAAAGGAAUCAACAAGUGUCAAUUGUAAAAAGUCUUAUACAGAUGAGGAACUGCUAGCAGCUGUGUCGGAGAUUCAGAGCGGAAAACUAGGAACUCGUCGUGCUUCCGUCUUGUACGGAAUUCCGAGAUCCACGCUUCGUAACAAAAUUUUUAAAAUGGGCAUUGACAAACAAGAACCUGUAGCUCCAGCAGCUGAGAUUGAGGAACCUACAGAACUUGCGUUGAAAUGGACAGAUCUUAUACCUGGGGCCAGCAUGGCACUUCUGCCAUUUUCUCUACCUUACGCCAUAGACUGGAGUGCUGAAUUAGAAAAUCAAUAUGAGACUCAAGAGAAGAAGUUAGAAUACCUGCGAAAGAAGCAUAAUCUAAAUCGUAGAAAGGAGGAAUAUUUUGCUCAUUACUCCCACGACCUAAAACUACCAAUUCUGAAGAAUAUUAUUAAAAAGCUGGCUGAAGAGAGAAUAGAGAUGGAGCGAAAUGCCUUUCGAGUUCGCCAGCAAGAUGAUUUUGCAGGAAAACGCAUACUCUCUCCACGGAUGUCCCCAAGAAAUGGUAAUGUAGAAGUUCCCUCCCCUGAGAGUUCAUCAGACAUUAUAAUACCGUCCUUUCAGCCCAUGCACCAUAAGGUAGAGAGCAAGGUUGAAAAUCAUUAUCAAAGUUCAUUAGACAAGAUAGAAAAUGCAGCUGUUGGAGAAACCUUGAAAGACAUCAUCGUGAAGACAAUCUCAGAGAAAGUCAAAUUUAAAUCUCAAGCUCUUUCAGAGCUCUGCCAGGGCCUAGCUCGAAGCAUGGAGACGGAAAAUUUCACUCAUUCCAAUUCCCCAUCACCUGCCAAAAGAAUUCGCCAUGAUGAUGGUGACAAGAAAAAAUCCACCGAUAAUCCGACAAAGAAAACUCGCCCAAAACGUGGACAGUACAGAAAAUACAACAGUCAGUUGUUGAUGGAAGCAGUAAAAGCUGUUCAGAGAGGGGAAAUGAGUGUACAUAGGGCAGGCAGUUACUAUGGGGUGCCACACUCAACAUUAGAGUACAAGGUCAAAGAGAGACAUCUCCUCAGGCAGAAGAAAAUAAAAGAGCAGAGAGAACAGAGAGAAGCUGAGCAAGGCCCAUCUUCUACAACUCCUAGUAAGAAGUCCAGUGAACAUGGGAAAGCUGGUUCAGAGAAGAAGGAAUCUAAUUCCAAGAAGCUGGAAGCAAAAGAAGAAAAAGAGAGCAGUAAGAAGACCAGUGUAGGGGGUUCAGGGUGGAUUGCCCCAUUUCUCCCUGGGGGGCCAGGGCUUGCUGGUCUGGGAGGCCUGUACAACUCUUCUGGGUUUGCUUUAAACACCCCUGCAUCAGAGCUUUUGAGAAAGCUGCAACAUAAAGUACAGAACAAAGCUGGGAGCGAUCAGGAAAGUUUUGAGCAGCUUGUAAAGCCAGGAGCACUCUCAGAGAGAUUCCUUUAUCUUCAUUAAAAUAAUGAAAAUUAGGAAAACAGAAAUUACUCAUAGAUUUAGAAAUACAAAAGUUUAUUUAGUAAAAAAAGUAGUAGAUGGGAAUAAACUAUUUCCUUAAAGGUUUAUAUGAAACAAAGUUAUUCUCUUGCCAUAGUGUUUUUUAUCCAUAUGGUUUAAGUGCCUAUCAGAAUUUUGACAGCUGUGUGUGAUGGCAUUCACUAGUUAAGAAUAGGAAGGUUCUAGACAUUUCUGUGGUUUGAUAUAUUUUUUACUCGACAUUCCAUAUACUUUGAUAUAAUGCCUCACACAAUAUUCCAUUGAAAUUGUAAAAUGGUUAGAGAUGAACUAGUGAUAAGUUACAUGUACUUUUGGCGUGGUCAGGAUUUUGUUUUUCUUAGUGUAUUAUCUCACAUACAUGAAUGUGUGAUAAUUUCGUGUGAAUAUUUUUCUAUGAUGCUGGACCAAUUCAGGUGACACAUAAUGUGCUUUGGUUAGUUUAUAGCAACAGGAUAACGUAGUGGAAACAUUAGAAGAUUUACCGAAACAUAUACCUCUAUUUAAGAUGUAGAACAUAUAAAAAUAAUCUGGAAACUUGAGUUACUUAAAUGAAUAAUGCUAAUUAAAUGUAUUCCUAAUGGUGCUUUUUUGCUGCGAAUAAUUAUUACAGUUUCAUUUGUAGUUUAAUUGUAUCGUUUUAGCUGUUGUCUCGGUUUAGAGCUGUUGAUUAUGACCUAUAAGUCCUAUACCUAAUUAAUGUUAUAUUGUUCAGAAAAAAAGUCAGCUUCUUUCAAUUUAUACAUUGUUUUUUUUAUUGAUUUUUUAAAAGUGAUUGCUCAACUGUGAAUUGUCUACAAUUUGAUUUGGUUUUUGUAAAUGUAAGUUAACUGUAGUAACUGAAACUUUUAUACAUUAGUGUAGAUGUAAGAUAAACACUAGCAUUUUCUUCAAAUGUUUACUGUUACUAAAAAAUACAGCUAUUUUUAGUGUAAAACUUUGGUCACCAGCAACCACUGGACAAAUGUACUAUUUUUAUUAUUUAUGAAAUUGAAUAUAUGUAACGGGAAACUAACAGUAAUUAUGAGAUCCAGUGCCUUUGAAAUUAAGGUUAUACUUACGCGAAAUAUUAACUGUAAACUAUUAUCUUUCAUUAUAUUUAUGACUUUGAAAUAUCUUUUUCUAUAUGAGUUUUAUCUCGAAGUCUAAUUUUCAAAAAGAAAAAAAGAGAUAUUUUCUAGGGGUAUUUUAUUAUUUGAUGUUUUUUUUUGUUUCAUAAGUAGAUAUUUGUUAAGAUAUUCUUUUUUAACAAAAAAAAAAUGUAGUUCUUUUUCCAAUAAGUUCUAGUCAGUUUGUUUUUCAUUUAAAAGCAGUGCAAUAUUUUUUUCUGUUAUUGUCGUUCAUGAGAAUUAUGUUGUUAUUCUUGUUUUGUUUAUUUAUUUAUUGUUUUGAUCUGUGUUUUUUGUAAAGUUAUUUACAAUGUAAUUUAAUAUAUAGUUUAAUAACUGCAUAUAGACAAACUGCGUAAUGGUUCAUUCUUUAGAAUUGAUGGUUCAUUCUUUAGAAUUGAAUUCAAAUUGUGUUCAAAUCGGGUUUAUAUUCAGUAAUUUAGAUAUCUGGAAUAUUGCUCAUCAGCCUGUAGUGUUCUACAACAGUUGUUUAGAGGCUUUUUCAAUAGCUUGUUUGUUAUCAAAAUAUUUUCUUUUAAAUUUAAGAAUAGCUGUAUAAAUUGGAGAAAUUUUCACGCCUAAUGAUUUUAUGUAAAAAGGACUAAAUGGGUCCCAAAUUAAUAUCCCCAUAUUGUGGGAUAUUUGUGUUAAUUUCUUACCUCUUUACUAGCAUUGAUUAAUUCUGCUUAUUACUAGUUCCAGUAUACUGCCCAAGGGAGAGAAACUAAUUUCAAUAUAUUUGUUAAUUUAAGUAUCGUACCUGGCAAGUAUCUAUCAGAUUCUAUUUGUAUAAUUUUUGAGAUUACCAAGUCUUGAACUGAAAUUUUUGAUUGAAAGGCAAUCAUGCUAAAAAUCCUAUGUUUACCACAAGAGAAAUCCAUUUUUUAUCCAUCAUUGAAAUUCCUUUUUACGUAUAUGACGUGUGCUUCAGCAAGUCUUUAAUUGAUAACACAACUUCUGUCUCUGGCCCACCCCUCUCAUAAUUCCGUGAUUUUGUUAUUAUUUUUUGUAAAUGUGCCUUUUAUUGUUUCAUAUACAUGUCUCGUACAUUCCUUACUUCUGUUUGAUGUGAAGAUAUUUAAUGAAAGUUUAUGUCUCUAAUAAAAGAAGAGAAAACUAAA